GCGUCGUCGUGUGGAGUUCCGUACGUCGUGGUUCCGUAAGAGUCGUCCGGUCGUUUGAAUGGGUUCGCCUUGUUAAAUCGCGUUUUUCUUUUUUGCCUUGACAUCGCUUCCGAGACAGACUAUCUAGAUUUCAGUUUUGAUCCAGGAGUAUCCAUGCCCGCUUCGGCGGCAACCGAGCCGGACGGAUAGUUUCGGCAGAUUCCCUCAAGCAGAUCGGCGCUGAAAUCUUGCGCCAUGGACUCUCUGCACUGUUACUGCAACACAGCGGACGUUGACCGUACGAUGAUGCUGCAGUGUACUGGGUGCAAGCUUUAUUUCCACUCAGGGUGUCUGAAAAGCAGCCAUCGUAGCACACUUGUCGGCGACCUAUUCUUCAAGCUAACCUGCGACCGAUGCACCCCUGAUAACGUAGAAGUCCUGGAGCGCCUGAAGAUGCAAUGGAUCCAGGUCAUCAUGCUCACCCUCUACAACCUCCACGUCACUGGCGCCAGCGGAAAGCUUGGCUACUUCCGCUGGCGGGAGCACAUUUGCAACUUCAUUGACCGGCACUGGACGAUAUUCUUUGGAGAAUCAAGGAAGCGGACAGCUACAUUUCGCGGCACAGUCGCUGGAGUGCUGUCAUCUGGUUGUCCACUCCUGUUUCGUUCCGGAUCAGCCGAACUUGGAGAAAGUGGAUGGUGGACACUGACCUCAAUGAAGCCCCCAUCGCCUGCUGAUUUUGAGGGCCCUAACACAUUGCUGGCAAAGUGCCGAAAGGCAAAGAUGAAUCCUGCAGCAGCGGUAGAUGAGAAUCCACCAGUUUUGGAUGGCCCUCGCCGCCGUACUGUUGCAAACUCCCUGCAGGCAGCCAUAAACCUCAAGGAGAAGCGGUCCCUACUCACCAAGCCUGCAGCAGACUCAUCAAACUCAAGCACUCCCGAGAAGGUUUGCAUCAAGACGGAGCCUGUAGACUCGUACGAUGACACAACAGGUUCAUCGUUCGACAUGCACGACAGCCUGAUGACACCCGAGGACUUCCAUUGGAGUUCUGACCACGAUCUCUUCGGGAGCGACCUAUUCCGGCAAGAUUUCCUUCAUGUACCUGAACCUGCAAGUGAUCCUGUGGACAUUGUUUCUACGCCUUCUGAUGGCCUCUUGCCAGUGAAAGUGGAGGUUGAAGAUGACGAGAUGCUGGACCUGGAAGAUUUCAACGUCCAAGAAGCCGCUACCAUGGAUGCCAGCUACUUUGGCGUGAGGUCUCCCAAGGUUGAAGAGAUUGUUGGCAUCUUGCAGACCGAUGGUGAAGUGGCUGCAACUGAAGAGGUUGUGGCAGGCAACAUUGAUGACGACGACGGAUCCGUGGCAAGCAUCAAGGAGGAACCAGUGAGCGACUCGGAGAGCUGCUCAACAGAGACAUCUCACUCACGUGCAUCGGGGACUGCGAGAAAGCACAGGAUGGACGAAAGAGGGCGGCAGGCCACCAUCAAAGAAGAAGCCUCACCCAAGAAGCCAAAGUGUGUCCCCAUGAGCAUCUAUGAGGAGCACCAACUGCUGAGCCAGAUAGAGAAGUACGCCCUGAAAGUUCCUCUUCCCCCCGAAGCACAGAGGCUUAGAAGGAAGCUCCUUGUCAGGCAGAUCAAGCGAGCACGGAAUCUUCCAGUUUUUGACCUUGACGCCCUAGUGGGGCAGCUUUCACGUCGGCCAGACAAAGAUUUGCAGCAGGAAGUUCACCAGCCCAGGCGGAACACAAAGGACGUGUUGGACAGAUUUCAGGUGACUAUAGGAACAGCUCGCAUGGCGGGAGUUCCAAAUCAUGUGUCGUUUGUGACGCGCAUACUUGGUCUUGAAGAGGAACAGUUGGAGUGCAUAGCCAGCCCGUACACCCAGAGGACACUGAAGCCAUUCAUCUUCAGGGACUUUGAAGCGAGGCCACUGAGACUGAAACUUUUGGAAGAAAUACUUUCCCACAAGCUGAAUGCAAGGUUCAAGGAGGAAUCUGUGACACAAUCUGCAGAACGCCACCCUAUCGACUUCUGCUACGUACGGCCACAGCACAUACCUGUUGUCAACGCCAUGUGCCGAACCUUUUUUUGGCCCGGAAUUGACUUGUCAGAAAGCCUCCAGUACCCAGAUUUCAGCUGUGUCGCCAUGUACAGGAAACUGGUAGUGGGCUUUGCCUUCAUGGUGCCUGAUGUCAAGUUCAACGAGGCAUACAUCCCAUUCAUCUUCACACACCCCGAGUGGCGAAAAUCAGGCAUUGCCAAGUUCAUGCUCUACCACCUCAUUCAGACGUGCAUGGGAAAGGAUGUCACACUGCAUGUAUCUGCAACCAAUCCGGCAAUACUUCUGUACCAGAAGUUUGGCUUCAAGGUGGAAGAACUCAUCCUGGAUUUCUACGACAAAUACUUCCCAGCUGACUCCAAGGAGUGCAAGCACGCCAUGUUCCUCCGGCUCAGCAGAUAGCCCCUCCUCCCUUGCCCUCAAUGGGCAGGCACAUCAUCAUCAUUCAUGUGUAAAUAAACACAAUGCCAAAGAA